GGCUCUUAUCUUAUCAGGAGGACAGGGCCAAGUAGUAGUUGCAAAGCGGAAAGAAAAUGGCGGCCGUGGCUGCGGAGCCAGGAGCUGCUGCGGCAUCAACAACAGCGGGGGACGGGGUGGACUACGAACCCGAGCCAGGAGAACAUGUGGUCGACCUAGAGGCCCCCUCCGUCCCGGAAAUUGAGCUUUGUCACCGAUCCGAGGAUGUGGAUGCAGUUCAGGAAUGCAGCCAGGUCCAAAUGGAAAUCAGAAGGCCGGACCUUCAAGCCGCGGGAAAAGCCCUCGCUGCCCAUGCGGACGGAGAGCGCACCGACACGGGUGGGUCCUGGGGCCGUCUGGGCACAGCCGAGCAGCCCGUGCUUAUGGACUACAUGUGCACAGAUUAUGAGGAAUCCUUCUCGCCGAAGGUGGAGGCUGCAAACGAGGUCAGUGCUCUCGAAUCCAGCCCCUGCCUUCUGCUCCCCAGCUCCAUCUCAGACUCCCAGCCCUCUGUGGUCUUCUUGCAUUCCCUUCCCGCUCAGGUUCCGUCGGAGCCCAAAACUGGACUGUCUCUGGCUGUCGAAUACGACUCCAAUUCCGCGUCAAGCCAUCCUACCGAUCUGGAGUGUGAACUCAUAGGCUUUACGCAGCCGGAUCCCGAACCCGCAUCCGAUGCUCCCGGGUCGGAACUCAAAACUCACGAGGAUGCUUUCCAUGACAUCCCGCACCCCUCAGAUCACCUGGACUCCCUGUCCGCUGCGGAAGAGACCUCGCUGGGAGAAUCGGUGGGUCAGAGCAGCAUGAGUGACUUUUCUACUGUUUCCAGUAAGGACUCUUCCGAACUUCCAGCGGAGGUGGAUCAGUCGCUCAUGUCAGCAGCAGAGGCGGAGGAAGUGCGCUCGCAUCCUCUUCAUCAGCAGAGCUUCAAAACGGACCUCAGCGAACCGGACAGGGAGUCGGCGGAGACGAAAGACCCGGUUCUGUGUCCGGCGGAGCCCGGCGCCGUUGAGCGCCUGAUGCUCGGCUCCGAGGUUCGAGUCACGCUGGAUCACAUCAUUGACGAUGCGCUCGUGGUGUCGUUUCGCUUGGGCGAGAAGAUCUUCUCUGGGGUACUCAUGGACCUUUCGAAAAGGUUUGGACCUUAUGGGAUUCCUAUAACCGUGUUCCCCAAAAGAGAGUAUAAGGACAAACCAGAAUCUAUGCAGCUAAAGACGGAAGCAUUCCAGUCAGAGACCGAUAAGGAUGUCACUCAAGGACCUAGUGAUGCCCCCAUUAAGGACCCUGCGGAUGCUCCGGAUGCCCCUCUGCAGGUCCCUGCUGAGACUCAUGCUGUGCCCCAGCCCUGUCCCAACCCUCAACCUAACCCAUGGACCCAAAAUCCUUGGCUUCCCUUGGUGGCCCGCCCGCAUCCUAGCCAUCACAAAAACUUCCAGUCUCGCUUUGACAAGAAGAGAAAGGGCCUGUAUCGUAAAGCCAUCACUGAGGCCGCCAAGGCUGCCAAGCAGCUCACACCCGAGGUCCGAGCCUUGCUAACUCAGUUUGAGACGUGA